GUUUUCUUUGAUGUGUGAUCAGAGCUCACUGUAUAUCCUAUAGACCUUGGUUCACACUAGCACAGUAAGCGACGACACAGACGGAAACGAAAACCAGUCAUGUCACAUCAAACCGGGAUUACAGCAAAUGAAGAUUUAUUGGAUUUCUUCUCUACCUGCCGUAAUGGAAGUGUUAGAGUCUUCAGAAUUACCAUCCAAGACGGUACUGAGGCCCUGCAGCUGGGGGAAUGGCAUCCAGCUCACGGGUCUUGGGAGGAUGAUUAUGACCCCUUAGUACUACCACUGCUUAAAGAGAAGCAGCCAUGCUAUCUCCUCUUCAGGUUAGAUAGUGAAGCUCAUGGAGGGUAUGAGUGGGUACUUAUUAGUUGGUCUCCAGAUGACUCACCAGUACGGGAGAAGAUGCUGUAUGCCUCCACAAAGGCCACACUCAGAAAGGAGUUUGGAGCAACACAGAUCAGGGAUGAGAUAUUUGGCACAGUACAUGAAGAUGUAAGUUUGGAUGGUUUACAUCGUCAUCGCAAGUCUGCAAGUGCCCCAGUUCCACUCACCUUAAGGGAGGAGGAAAUUCAAGAAAUAAAAAAGCAAGAGGUUGGAGUAGACAUUGGGGUGGACAGUAAACAUCAAACUAUGGCUGGCAUUAGUUUUCCUCUUGUAACUGAGGCUCUUGAUGCAGUCCAAGAAUUUACUAAAGGAAAUCUUCAAUAUGUCCAACUUAUGAUUGACACAUCAGCUGAGGAGGUUCAGCUGGCUGGUACACAAAGAACUCUAGCUGUAACUGGUUUACCUGGUCACAUCCCUGACUCAGAAGCACGUUACCACUUGUAUCGAUAUGAUCAUAACUAUGAGGGAGACUUCUUCCAUAGUGUGUUAUUUAUAUAUUCCAUGCCAGGAUAUGCCUGCCCCAUCAAAGAAAGAAUGUUGUACUCCAGCAGUAAAAACCCCAUAACACACCUCCUAGAAAAUGGCCUUAAUUUAGCCAUCUCAAAAAAGCUUGAAAUUGGUGAGGGCACUGAAUUAACAGAGGAAUAUCUGUUAGAUGAAAUUCACCCAAAACGUAACCUACAUCGCCCCAAGUUUGCCAAACCUAAGGGCCCAGCAAAUAGAGGAGCUAAGAGACUGACUAGACCACCCAAGGAUAGUCCAGGCAAUGGUGAUUCUUAAAUAUUGACCCAACAAAUGCACCAUAAUAAUUCAGUUUGAUUUAUAGUGAAUUAUUUGUUUUUGUGCUGAAAGAAAUGGUGAGACUUGUGGCCUCAUUAUGCCUUAACCAACAUGUCACUCUCUUCAAAUAGUGCCACAGGUGCCAGCCAUUAUAAUUUAAAAUCAAUAUGGAUUUCUCCAAAAAUGUAUACUUUGCAGGGUGUCAGAUCAUAUUGUAAUGUGGUCAAAUCUAUCCAUUGUUAUCCUUAAAUAUAUUUUCCAUAGAUGAUAUUUAGCAAAAGUCUCAUACAAGUGCUACAUCUUUACAUGCUACUGAUAUUGUCUAUGGUUGUUGUAGAAUAGAUUGAAAAGAUUUUGGACCUGCUAGAUUUUGUACUUUUUUCAGGGUUAUAUCAACUUCUAGCUUGCAAAUAAUAUAGAUUACGCCAAGAAUGAAGCUUUAAUAAUAUAUAAUGAAUGGGUGAAGUUAUUUGAAUACCCUGUACAGGUAUUACAAUUCUAAAGAACACAAAGAGUACGCAGAAGUCCCAUGCUGUAUUGAGAGUAUGAGCACUGCAUUUAUGAGGUCCCUUCAUCAAGCCUGCUGUGAUUUUUGAGCUUCAUUCAUUUGGUGUCGAUAAUAUUGAUCAUCUUUUGAGUAAAAGACAUUAACUAGUUUAUGAAAAAGUUUAGCACAUACAGUUCAUGAGUUUUUCACAAGAGUAAGUUCCUUUGUUUAUUUUAUUAAUAGUAGUACAGUAGUGUCGUGGAUUUAUUUUAUGUGAAUUACAGAUCAUAGAGAAGUGAUAUUCAUUGUGGAAAACUUUCAUUUAACUGAUUAUGUUUGAAUUGUACUUGUCCUGCAGGUUUAUUGUUUAAUGGUAUUUUUAUACCAAACGAUCAGGGUAAUUAUUUUCUCGUUGGAUCCUUUAAUUUUUCCUUCUUGAGUACUAUUGAAACACUGCUUGAAAGUUGAGUACAGUUCUUGAUCUUAUUUCUGGGUUUACAUUUUUACUUUUCCUACUUGUUUCCUUCAUAAGAUGCCAGCAAAUUGUGCGAAGCAUCUUCAUAUUGAUCUUCCGUCCGUUUGUCCAUAAUUAAUCUAUUGUUUUUCAGUACAGUAUCUUAAAUUUGCAUUGAAGAUUUCUUUUCGUAUUUUGUGUUAAUAUAACCUAAUAAAAAUUUCUGGCUAUGUUUGAUUUUAAAGAGUGUUCACUAUACUCCUUAACAUAAAGGUAUUAUUGGAAUAUAAUUUUUCAUUCAGCAAGCUGCGCUUUUAUAUUUACAGGUCAGAUACCUUAAAAAUUAUGUGAUAAUUUUCUAAAUUUGGCUUUGUUUGUGAAAAAGGUAAUCAUCAUUGUUAAAAAACAGCAAUAAACUGUAUUCCAUCAGCUUUUCAGUGCAGUAACAAGUACCAUCGGUUGUGAAGAAGUUUGGAGUGUGGUCUUUCCCUUCUGUUUUUUUUAACACUUGUAUUUAUUUAAGUUGUUUUUCUAUUUUUUUUAUUGUGUAUUUGCUACUUUAGAAAUUAUGAUAUUCACUGUGCACCGUUAAGCAAAAUUGAACGAUUAUAUUCUAAUCACUGGUUGCUGGAUUUUGUAAACUCCUUGUCUGAAAGUUACAAGUAUUUCCCCACUAUUGCUUGUGAUAUAAUAGGUGUCACUUGCAUAUUUACCUAAGGUUAAUCUUAAUGACAAUGUUACCCAUAAUCUUUUAAGUAGACCAAAAUAUAGAAAACUCUUUUAGUUUUUACAAGUUAUUUACAUUAAAUCAAAGGGAUAGUUUUUUAUUAUGAUUGUGUAAAACCUCUUAAGUUGAAUUUUGAUAUUGUGUACAGGUCACUAUACACACACACACACACUUGAUUUAUUUAAUGGAUAGGGGAUUUAUCUGUGGAAUAUGUGAACUUUAAAGAAUGUAUUGAUCCAGGUGAUGAUAAUAAUUAUAUGAAACUAUAAUUGAGGAUUAAUAUUUCUUUCUGUGGUCUACAUUUACAUUGUUAAACAAGUGUUGUGGAUUACACAGUAUUAAUAUUAUAGUGCUGAAACCACAACCAAAGGUCCGUAUCAGUCUUUAUUUUAAGGGUGAAAAUAAGUUUAUCAGAGGUUAAUAUAUAUUUAUUUUAAUACAGAAUCCUGAAAUUUAUUUAGAUAAUUUAUCAAUUCCACUAACAUCAAUCAUUGAUGGUUUUACAUGGAAAAGUUUUAUUAAUUCUAAAGGCAAAAUUGCCUGUGUCUUCAAUAGUUUUUCUUUUGCCUUGUUUUUUCUCGUUCACAGUUUUAUUGAGGUAAUUUUUCAUAUUACAAAUACUGUUUGCUAAAAGACAAUCAGAUAGUUCUUGAAAUUAUUUAGUUAGGAUCAUCAGCCUUUUAUUUUUCCCAUUCCUGUGAUUUUUUUGUACCACAAAGGUAGAGUACAGGUAUUAUAGUAUGUUAUAUAAGUCUGGAAACUGAUGGUAUAUUAAAACCUGCUCAGAGUAUUAUGUUAGGUAUUUGUGUGCAUUUGUAACAAACAGGCUGAAGCAUGAUGAGGAAGUGCCAGCAGGAGCAGAAUAGUCAACAUGUACCACUGCCAUGCUGAUCAAGUGUUGAGUAAAGUUUGUACCUCAGCACUAGUUAUAUAUAUUUUGUAAUUUGUAUCUUACAACUGCCAGUGAUAUCUUACUGUGUAAGGUCAUUGUUAGAAUACAUGUUUUCUUGUGGAGCAUUAAGAUUCUUUCCAAUUAUGAAAAGUAAUUAGGAGUUUGUUAUUCCAAAGAAGUUCUACUGUAAUUGUCAUAGUUAAGAAGAGAUCUUUGAUACAUGUGUGGAAGAACUUUGUUUGCUGUUUCUUUGAAGUGGUUGUAGACUCUUGUUGAUCAUUUUAUAAACUUAUGAAUUAUGAA